CUGCACGGUUGUCACGGGUUACGAGAGCACUUUCCAAAGGGGGGGCGUGGCCUGUUCGGCUCAUAAACAUCACACAGGCUUGCGAUCUCUGCUUUUCGAAGGGGUUUUAAUGGAAGGUUGAGGGCUAUAAAGCAGUUUACUGUAUGUGCUUAGCUUAUGUUAAAGCAGUAGAAAGAGACGAGGGGGUAACAUUCACCCACCAUUUAGUCCCCCGUGUUCUACACUAUCUCAACUUGGAAAGGCAGUGAAAGACCGCGGCACCAAAUCAAACGCCCAAAAUAAAGUCACAUGGGUGCAUUAAAUCUGGGUGCCCCCCACAAACAAGGCCCCUGAUUGACUUUCCGUUGGCAUUAUUUUCUCCUGGAAGACAAGAAGGUGUCCCUGCACAGCGUGCUCCAUCUCGAAUGGUUAGAUGCAUGAUUGCGAUGGCGUGGUCCCUCAAAGUGUUCCUCCUGUGCUUCUCCUGCAGAUCCCGGACAGGACGCCAUGAGGCGGGUGUGGAUCCUGGACAAGAUGAGGUGCCUGAGGAAGCGCUCCACCAUUCCCUUCCUCGGCUUCCUCAUCACCUUCCUCCUCUUCCUCAACCUCUACAUCGAGGAUGGCUACGUGCUGGAGGGAGACAAGAGGCCGCUCAGGGAGACGUCGGCCCGCCCUUCGAGUGCGGAGCGAUACGUUCACACGUUCAGAGACCUGAGUAACUCCUCCGGAGCCAUUAACGUCACGUACCGUUACCUCGCCGGCGCCCCACUCAACCGCAAGAAGUACCUCACCAUCGGCCUGUCGUCGGUCAAGAGAAAAAGAGGGAACUACCUCCUGGAGACCAUCAAGUCCAUCUUCGAUCAGUCCAGCUACGAGGAGCUCAAAGAGAUCGUGGUCGUGGUCCACCUGGCCGACUUUGACCUGGUCUGGUGUGAGAACCUGGUGCAGGAAAUCACCAGGAAGUUUGCUCACCACAUCAUAGCCGGACGCCUCCUGGUGAUCCAGGCCCCGGAGGAGUUCUACCCGUCUCUGGACGGGCUGAAGAGGAACUACAACGACCCGGAGGACCGCGUCCGCUUCCGCUCCAAGCAGAACGCCGACUACGCCUUCCUGCUCAACUUCUGCACCAACCUCUCCCACUUCUACGUGAUGCUGGAGGACGACGUGCGCUGCUCCAGGAACUUCCUGACGGCGCUGAAGAAGGUGAUCACCUCCAGGGAAGGCUCCUACUGGGUGAUGCUGGAGUUCUCCAAGCUGGGCUACAUCGGGAAGCUGUACCACUCCAGGGACCUGCCCCGCCUGGCCCACUUCCUGCUCAUGUUCUACCAGGAGAUGCCCUGCGACUGGCUCCUCAUCCACUUCCGGGGUCUGCUGGCCCAGAAGGACGUGAUGCGCUUCAAGCCCUCGCUGUUCCAGCACAUGGGCUACUACUCCUCCUACAAAGGGGCCGAAAACAAGCUGAAGGACGACGACUUCGAGGAGGACGCCGUGGACAUUCCCGACAACCCCCCCGCCAGCACGUACACCAACAUCAACGUCUUCGAGAACUACGACGCCACCAAGGCCUACAGCACCGUGGACGAGUACUUCUGGGGGAAGCCCCCCUCCACCGGAGACUUCUUCCUCAUCAUCUUCAACAAGUCGACCAAAAUCAGCAAAAUCAAGAUUGCUACUGGUUCUGACGACAGACAGAACGACGUCCUCCACCACGGCGCCCUGGAGGUCGGAGAGAAACUGGUUGGGACAAAAAAAGGGAAACAGUGUUCCUCUUUCAUCACGCUGGGGGAGUUUAAGAACGGCAACAUCGAGGUGCAGGACGUGGACCACAAGAUCGCCUUUGACAUUGAGUGCGUUCGCAUCGUGGUGACAGCCGGUCAGAAGGAGUGGCUCAUCAUCAGAAGUAUAAGUCUAUGGACUACACAACCCCCCAGCAGCCAAUGAGACUCCUGCCAGGGUUGGAUUAGUAUUAUUUAACUGUGUAUGUGUUUACAGGUUUAUUUAUUCAUUUUAUAUGUAUUUAUUGAUACUCUAUAGUUUUUUAUACCUUAGUGGUGGAUCUUCUUGGUCGUUGUGAAGGACUCCCUCAGCCUCACAAACAGAUGUUUUUCUUAAAUGUUCCAUGAGCCUAUAUUCAUUUCAACAAGGGAUAAUAUGAAGGAUAAAAUCCUGUAAUGGUCUUAUGGUUUUACAUCAUUUGGGUUGGGCCUGUAUAAUUCUAAACGCAGUGAUGAGUUGAACUAUUUGGUGCCAGAGAACUCCAUUCAUGUCCAAAAGCCUUUUCAUUUCAUUCACUAGAAUAAACUUGGGCUCUUCCGUACAUUUUGAGUCAGCCCUUCAUAAAAGGUCUGUAAAUACGUCUAUUGAUCCACAUGUAAAAAUAGCCUUAACAAUUGGGAUUUAUGUUUUAGAGGAAAUAAAUGGGCUGAGAUCCAGAGACAUGAGGUCAAAAACUACUCUGUGGGAGUAAACCAUUUUACCCAAAAGACUCACAGCAGCCUUCUACUUAAAUAUAAUCAACGUUAGGAAGGUUUUGUCGGGUGCAAAGUGUAACCAGGAAGCAGGUUUAUUUGCAUCAAACCAGCACGGGAGGAAAAACACACAAUCAAUGGACACGUUGAACAGAGAAGUUUCACUUUGUUACGUGAGGAUGUUAUUUAUCUCCUAUUCAUCACCUCGUGCUUUGCAAAAUUGUACAUUGCCAACUCAUUUUUACCUCAAUCAUUUUUAAUUAUGAUCAGUUUGUCAAUAUCAUGAGAUCAUUUCUUGCAGAUAUAUAAAUAUUCUUCCCGCCCUUCAGUAACUUAUUUGUAUGGACGAUGCAAUGAACCGAUCGUUUGGAAACGUUUUCAGCUCUUCAGAAAGAUGAGAAAAGUAGGAGAUGAACACUUAUCUCACCAUUCUAUUGAUUUUAUUGUAAAUGGCCGCCGUGAUGGGGAAAGUAAUGGAGGUGCUGUCCAUCUAAAGCCAUUGUGACCUGCGGUUUAACGAGAGCGCAGCACUCAGAUUUCGCUCUCAGAAUGUCCCCAUUCUGCUCCAACCCGAACCUUCUCCCCCGAUGCGUGUGUGAGUGGGCGGAGCCCCCCCGCCGCCGUCACGGUGCGUUCCGUCUGACAGGAGAACAAUGUUUGUUCUCGCCCUUCUUCUCCAAGAGCUCAGAUCAGAUUGCACAGUGAAGAAUGGGCCGGUUCUGCUCUUAGGUCUCGCUUUCUUUUCUUUUUUUUCUCCCAGUACAGCACAAUUUUCCCCCAGUAAAUUGGUCUGUGUUUGCCUCAUGCUGCACACCAGCAAAACAACAU